CACACAUGGGCCUGAGUGCUCCCUAUAUAUCCACAGCCUCCCUGGCUUCCACAAAGUUGGAGAGAAAACCUUCAGGUCGGCCCUGCAGGUGGCCCUGCUUCGAAGAGCUGCCCAGCCUCUUUCCUUUUCUGACUGGCUGCCCUGUGCAGGCUGCUCUCUUGCUGCAGGAUGCUGUUCUCUCCCUGCCUGCUGGGCUGCUCCCGGACCUGCUCCCGCGUGCUGGGGCUGAGCCUGGGGACUGCCGCACUGUUUGCCGCUGGUGCCAACACAGCGCUCCUCUUCCCGAACUGGGACGCCACCUACCUGCUACGGGGCCUCAUAGGCCGGCACGCCCUGCUGGGGUCUGGGCUUUGGGCAGGGGGCCUCAUGGUGCUCACGGCUGCCACCCUUAUGUCCAUGACGGCCUGGAGAGGUUGCUGCUUUGAGAAGAGCACACCGUGUUGCAGUAUCCUCACUGCUCUCCUUGCUGGUGGCUUGGCUUUGCUCGGAGCCCUAAUCUGCUUCGUCCAUUCCGGAGUAGCCCUGAGAGAUGGCCCGCUGUGCAUGUUCAACGUCUUGUCCUUCAAUCAGACACAGGCAUGGAAAUAUGGCUACCCAUUCAAAGACCUGCGGCACACGAAUUAUCUAUAUGACCAGUCGCUCUGGAGCUCUGUCUGCCUAGAGCCCCCCACAGCUGUCGUCUGGCAUGUGUCCUUCUUCUCUGUUCUCCUGUGUGUCAGUGCCCUCCAGCUUCUCCUGAUAGCCGUCCAUUUCAUCAACAGCUUCCUCAGCCUCUUCUGCAGCUUCUGUGAGGAGUGACAGGGCUGCCAGGAUGGGGACGGGAGAGGACAGCAGGAAGGAGUCUUCCAGUCCAGACACCACCUCCUAUCCCAGGGGCAGCAUCCAGGAGCACCGCAGUUCCCUGCUGGCUGAUUCUGUCUCAGGGUCAUGGUAGGAUGGGCCUGACCUGUAGAAACUUCUGUAGGGGGCAAGGAC